AGGGAAACUACGUUCAUCACUUCUCAAUUCUUGAGCAUUAAAAUCAUCUUUUAAUCAGGAAAUAAGUGAAUUAAAGCAUUAAAAAUGAGCGUGGAGAACGCAGAAGUGACUAAUAAUAGUAAUAGUCACGACUAUAAGAUGGUGAAUGGUGAGCAGCAUGUAAAUGGUAUGAGCAAUGGACAUAGUGAUAAACAUAAGAGUAGUAGUAGUAGUCAUAAGUCGUCAAGCAAAGAUAAGCAUCGUGAUAAAGACCGUGAUAAGGACCGAUCAAAAGAUCACAAAAGUUCCAAGAGCAGUCACCGCGAUAGAGAGCGAGAUGGCGAGAAGCAUUCGAGCAGUAAUGGAAAGGAGAAACACAGCUCGUCAUCGGGCAGUAAGUCACACAAGAGUAGCAAAGAUAAAGAUCGUGACAAGGAUAAAGAGCAUAAAUCGUCGAGUAGUAAGGAUCACAAGAGCUCUGAUCGUGAUAAAGAUCGAGAGAGGUCUGAUAGGGAUAAACACAAAAGUUCCAGUAGCUCUACUAAGGAUAAAGAUAAAGAUAAGGAAAAGCAUUCCAGUAAUAGUGGAUCAAAAACAACAUCUUCGUCGCAUAAGAGCUCAACGAGAGACAAAGACAAAGAACAACGUGAAAAGACAUCGACUGGUGACACAUCAUCAAAAGAUAAGGAUCGAGGAGAUCGUGACAAGCACAAAAGUAGUAGCAGUUCUAAUUCAAAGAAACAUAAAAGUAAAGACAAAGAUCGUGAAAAGGAUCGCGACAAGGACAAAUAUAAAUCGAGCUCAUCAAAGGACAAGUCGUCUUCACAUCAUCACAAGAGUUCAAGCGAAGCAAAAGUUGAGCCUACAAUUAAGCAAGAACCAGAAAUUAAAAAUGAAGAAAUUAAAUCGCCAAUCAGAGAAUUUUCAAUCAAUUGUGAGCGCCUAGACAUGUCUCAAAAUAGCUCAUGUGACUACUCAUUGUCACAAUUUAAAGACGAAGAAUCUUCACUGCCAAUCAAGUCUGAAAAUGAAUCCGAAGAUAAUAAUUUUGUUGAAUGCAAGGGUGAGCCUGAUGACGUAGAUUAUGAAAAUGAAGAGAGCCAGCAGGGAAAAUUCACUAUCGACGAAGAAUCUGAAGAGGAUAUUCCGUUGUCUAAAAGGAAAAAAGUUGAAAGUGAGUCUGAAGACGAUGCACCGCUAUUUGCACGCAAAAAAGCCAAGACCGAAAAGAAGGAUAAGAAAAAGAAACGUGUGAAAGAGGAAUCAGAGGACGAGGACGAUGAAUCUGAUUAUGGAAAGACUAAAAAGAAGAAAAUUAAACGCGAAUCUGUAGCAACUCCAGCAAAGAAACCAGCACCGAAGAAAGCCAACAACGUACCAGAAAGUCCACAAAAGCGAGGCAAAAAGAAGAAGGAAGAAGAAGAACAAGAAGUUUGGAAAUGGUGGGAAGAAGAAAAGAAAAAUGAUGGUACAAAAUGGUCAUUUUUGGAACACAAAGGUCCAGUCUUUGCGCCACCAUAUGAACCCUUACCGGAUAGUGUGAAAUUCGAAUAUGAUGGCAAACGAAUGAAAUUGUCUGAGGAAUCUGAAGAGAUUGCUGGAUUUUAUGCAAGGAUGAUUGAGCAUGAAUACACGAGUAAAAAAGCCUUUAACGAUAACUUCUUCAAGGAUUGGAGGAGAAAUAUGACCAAAAAGGAAAAGGAUGUAAUAACAGAUCUUCACAAGUGCAACUUUAAAUACUUGCAUGCCUAUUUCCAAGAACAAUCUGAAAAGAAUCGCAAUCGUACAAAAGAAGAGAAAUUAGCACUAAAAGAGAAGAAUGAAGCAUUGUUGAAGGAAUAUGGAAUUGCUGUAAUUGAUGGGCAUAAAGAAAAAAUUGGGAACUUUAGAAUUGAACCGCCAGGCUUAUUUCGUGGACGUGGUGAUCAUCCAAAAAUGGGAAUGUUAAAGAGACGAGUUAUGCCUGAAGAUAUCAUUAUAAAUUGCUCAAAAGACAGUGACGUACCUGCACCACCUGAAGGACAUCGUUGGAAGGAAGUUCGUCACGAUAAUACAGUCACAUGGCUUGCAUCGUGGACAGAAAAUGUCCAAAACCAAGUUAAAUACAUUAUGCUUAAUCCAAGCUCAAAGAUUAAGGGCGAAAAGGAUUAUAUGAAGUAUGAAACAGCACGUCGAUUAAAGUCAAAGAUUGACAAAAUUCGUGACACAUAUACAGCUGAAUUUAAAUCAAAGGAAAUGAGGAUUCGUCAACGAGCUGUGGCAUUAUAUUUCAUUGAUAAAUUGGCACUUCGUGCUGGUAAUGAAAAGGAUGAGGAUCAAGCUGAUACUGUUGGCUGUUGCUCGUUACGUUGUGAGCAUGUGACGCUACAAGAUGAGGCAUCUGACGAAGAUAAAGAUAGGUUUAGGAGUGAAGACAAGGAAAAUGUCAUUAUUUUUGACUUUCUUGGUAAAGAUUCAAUUCGUUAUUACAAUGAAGUGGUCGUCGAGAAGCGUGUCUACAAAAAUCUGCAAUUGUUCAAGGAGAACAAGAAAAAGGACGACGACCUAUUUGAUAGAUUAAAUACUGCGAUGCUUAACGAGCAUUUAAAGGAGCUUAUGGACGGCUUAACUGCUAAGGUUUUCCGUACAUACAAUGCUUCCAUUACACUUCAAAAGCAGUUGGACGAGCUCACCGAAGAUAGCAUGACAGUACCCGAAAAAUUAUUAGCCUAUAAUCGUGCGAAUCGAGCUGUUGCAAUCUUGUGUAACCAUCAACGUGCCGUUCCAAAAACUCACGAUAAAUCAAUGGAGAAUCUGCGUGAGAAAAUACGCACAAAGAAGGAUCAAAUCAAGGAGGUUCAGCGUGAAUUAAAGGAUAUUAAGAAAGGCUCUGCAAAGGGAUCGAUUGAUAAAGAGAAAAAGAAGAAGCAAUUGGAUAGAUUGAAGGAGCAAUUGACAAAGCUAGAAAUACAGGAAACUGAUCGUGAUGAAAAUAAAACAAUCGCUUUAGGAACGUCAAAAUUGAACUAUUUGGAUCCUAGGAUUUCUGUUGCAUGGUGCAAGAAACAUGGCGUACCGAUCGAGAAAAUCUUCAACAAAACUCAACGUGACAAGUUCCGUUGGGCGAUCGAGAUGGCAGAUGAGGACUAUACAUUUUAAGAUCAAGUAAAUAUUUUCAAUAACUUCUCCGUAAUCCUAUUUAUCUUACGAAUAAGUAAAUAUCAUUAAUAGGAAACGAGUUUAAACUGUUUAGUUCCAAUUAUGAUUUUUUCUCUCCUUUAUCCCCUCUAUUAAUUUUGACACAUUUUAGUUAAUUUUUAGUAAGAAUUGAUCAUUAAAACUAUUGUUUAUUUGAGAACUUUAAUGUAGCAUAAACAUAAACAUAGAAUAUGUUAAGAAAGAACAUGAAAACCCAAUUUUGUGACUUUUUUGAAUUGUUUUGAGAGUUUUUUUUUGAUAAUUUUUUUUGAUUCACUUAUGUUAAGUUCGUUUUUAGGAA